AUGCGUGAAAUAGACCCCCUGAUCUUUGAAUAUCAGCAUGACAAGCACCGACCUAGAGAGUCGGAAGCUUUGCUGGCGCUUCGAAAAGUCGCGUCCCUGGUGAAACCUAUCAUGCGCCGAAGAGGUUGGAAAGUAGGCACGCUCUCUGAAAUGUACCCACGAGAUCGGAACCUCCUUGGUCUCAACAUCAAUGGCGGCCAGAAGAUAUGUCUUCGGUUGCGUUAUGCGUCCGACCAGCGACAGUUCCUUCCAAUCGAGCAUGUUGUAGAUACUAUGUUACAUGAGCUUUGCCAUAUUGUUCAUGGCCCCCACAAUCAACAAUUUCAUGCUCUUUGGAACCAGCUACGCGACGAGCACGAAGAGCUUGCUAUGAAGGGAUAUACCGGAGAAGGGUUCCUUUCACAAGGCAAACGGCUAGGCGGCCGGCGGAUGCCCGUGGACGAAGCUCGCCGACAAGCACGAGCAGCUGCGGAACAGAGACGGGCGCUCUCCGCGGGGUCCGGACAGCGACUGGGUGGCGCCCCAGUACUGCGUGGAACUGACAUGCGCAGGGUGAUAGCUGACGCCGCACAGCGACGUAUAGAAGUUACCAAGGGUUGUGCAUCGGGAGCUGAUAACAGCGCUGAUCUCGCAGAAGAAGCCUCUAGAAACGGUUUUUUGACAAAAGCCGAGGAGGACGAUGCAAAUGAGCGGGCUAUCAUGGAAGCUUUUAUUGACCUAAUUGAAGAGGAAGAGCGGGAAAGAUACGGGCCUUCUUAUAUACCCCCGACUCAAGAUAACCCGGCUGGUCCUCGAUCAAAUCCUUCUCCCCCGCCUGAAUACCCCCAAGCGGCCUUUGGGAUGGGUAUGCAGUUUCUGCAGCACCUUCAUGGAGACCGAAUGGUGGACGUGUUCGAAUUGUGGGACGAUGAAGCCGUCAUCAUAAUCCUCUGA